AUUACUCGAUAGCACAGUUGGUAAUCGUCCAGCGUGCGGUGCACAACACUGCCAAAGACAGCUGUUUUUUACGCUGGUCAAUAUUGCAGCCAGCGGCUCACUGAGAAAAAAAACCCAAAAUGGAAAAUACCUGCACACAAUUUGGCUAAAAAUCAUUUAAUAAAAAUGCGUAGAGCCGCUACAAAAGAUUGAAGAACACAUCAGAUUUAGGCAGCAACAGUAUGUAUAAGAAAUUGCGUAAGAUGUUGCCUCCAAUGCGUCCACUCCACUGGUUUCUACUCGCCCUCUGCAUCUUUGUCACCUUUUAUUGGUUGGUCGAAUUGCGAUUGAAACAAGCCAUAAAGCCACUGUCGAACAUGGCUGGCAACGGUGCGACUCAAGCGGCGCAAUCAUCGCAAUCAUCGCUUGCUCAAAUUGCGCCCACAUUGGAUAACUUCAAUUAUGAGGAGCAAUUGGUGGUGCUGUACAAUCGGGUACCCAAGACGGGCUCAACCAGUUUCGUGAACAUCGCCUACGAUUUGUGCAAACAAAACAGAUAUCACGUUCUGCAUAUCAAUGUAACUGCCAAUAUGCACGUACUUUCGCUGCCAAAUCAGAUCUCCUUUGUGCGCAAUGUGACUAGAUGGCAUGAAAUGAAGCCGGCUCUCUAUCACGGACACAUGGCAUUUCUCGAUUUCUCCAAAUUCCAAAUCGCACACAAGCCCAUCUAUAUAAAUGUGGUGCGUAAGCCCCUGGAUAGACUCGUCUCAUAUUACUACUUUCUGCGUUAUGGCGACAAUUAUCGCCCCAAUUUGGUGCGAAAAAAAGCUGGCAAUAAAAUUACAUUCGAUGAGUGCGUUAUUCAAAAGCAAGCCGACUGUGAUCCCAAAAAUAUGUGGCUGCAAAUACCAUUCUUUUGUGGGCACGCUGCCGAGUGCUGGGAACCCGGCAGUGAUUGGGCCUUAAAGCAGGCCAAGCGCAAUUUGGUCAACGAGUACUUCUUGGUCGGUGUCACAGAGCAAAUGUACGAGUUUGUGGACCUCCUAGAAAGAUCGCUGCCCAGAAUAUUUCAAGGCUUUCGUGAGCACUAUCAAAAUUCCAAUAAAUCUCAUUUACGUGUGACCUCUUCAAAGUUACCGCCCACUGAAUCUACCAAACAGACCAUACAGAGAUCCAAGAUUUGGCAAAUGGAGAACGAACUGUACGAGUUUGCACUGGCACAGUUCGAAUUUACCAAAAAGAAACUGAUGCAGCCAGAUAAUAAGCAUUUGCAACAGUUCAUGUACGAGAAAGUUCGGCCCAAAUGAUUGCUUGGGAGAAGCAAGGGUAAAACAAAAGGCAAACACCGAAUCAGAAAUGGCAAAUUGCAGCCCAAGUGCAGGUUAAACGAAUAGAAUCCUGUAUAUAUAUAUAUAUAGCUGUUGUAGAUGUAAUCUGUACUUAAAAUCAAGCAAAGAACUCGUGAAAGACACUAAAGACUUUAGAAUUGAAUAUCGUUGACAUAUUAAUGAUUUUAUCUGUAUAUAUAUAUACACACAUAGUUUAGUAUAGUUUAUAUAGUAAGUCAUACAUAACGCUUUUCUUAGAGUUACGUAAGCAAUAUAUACUUAGCAACAAUUGUAAUAACUAUACGAAGCACAAUGCAUUUAGUCCUUCGUCUAGUAAACUGUACUCUUUUAUAAUUAGUAUUUGACAAUACCGCGUUAAGCGUAAAGCCCAAAUACAGAUUAAUUGCUGGGUGCUGCGCUUACCAAUUACCAACUAAUUUUUGGUAACUUAUAGAUUAAACUAAUUUGUAAGUACGAUCUUUAAUGAUAUUAUUUGUGAUUAAAGAUUAAAGUAAUUUGUAA